AAAGUGUCGAAAAAUCACGUGUCAAUAAAUGAAAGUCAUAUGAUGAUCAUCAAGUUGAAAUUUUUUUUUUUUUCCUUCUUACCACUAUCCAUCAUCCAUCUCGGAUAAGAUAUAUUUUCAAAUUUAUAAUCAACGAAAUGGUUAAAUUUUUAAAACCAGGAAAAGUGGCAAUCGUUUUAUCAGGCCGAUAUGCCGGAAAAAAAGUAGUGAUUGUUAAAAACCUGGAUGAAGGUACUAAAGAUCGUCAGUAUGGCCAUGCCAUCGUUGUCGGUAUUGAAAGAUACCCGCUCAAAGUUACCAGAAAAAUGGGACCAAAACGUAUUGCUAAAAGAUCAAGGAUCAAGCCUUUCAUCAAGAUCAUAAACUAUAAUCAUUUGAUGCCAACCCGGUAUACCUUUGAAUUGGAAGAUAUUAAGCAAACGGUCAACUUGGAUUGUUUCAAAGAACCUUCUCAACGUAAGGAUGCAAAGAAGGCCGUAAAGAAGCAUUUACAAGAUAGAUACAAAAAUGAUAAAACUGGAAAAAGCAAAUGGUUCUUUACUAAGCUUAGAUUUUAAUUUGGUGACGAAAAGAUUUUGGUGUGUGUUUAAGUGAUGGAAAUUAGGAGGGAAAGGAUUUAGAAUAUAUAAAAGAAGUACGUAAUUAAGUUAUUUUCUUUGCUAUCCUCUUGUAGUAUCAAUCAAUCAUUCUUUUUCUUCUUUUAUAUAUUGAGCUUGUGAUAUUACAAUUAAAAAAAAUAACAUAAUAUUCUUGUACUUUUUUGUUUUCAAUUUAAUAGUGUGUUGAGCACGUUAAUUGUUAUAAAAAUUGUUUAACUAACAUUGAUUA